AUGCAUGCUCAAGCCUUCAUUGAAAAGGGGGGAAACUGGAUCCAGCAAAAGCGCAGAUGCAAGCGGCUGACUAUGUCCUAUCCACCCAGCUAUCCAGCUUAUCCCACUUCGGCGGCGUACCCUCCAAACUAUGACCCGCAGGCUUAUGCAUACCCGCCGCAGCCGGAGGCUCGACCAGCUGAUGGUGCUCCUCCUGCUGCACCCCCCGCAGCAGCCGCCCCAGCUCCAGCUGCCGACUACUACUCGCAGCAACCUCCCCAAGCCGCCCCUCCAUCUCAGCCAGAUCCCUACUAUGAUUAUUAUCGACAGUACUAUGGCUACCCUCCUCAGCCACAGGCCUAUCCCCCCUCCGAACCGCCUGCACAGGCGGCACCGGCUGCACCAGCACCUGCUCCCGACUACAGUGCUUCAGCUUCCUAUCCUCCUGCAAGCAGCUACCCGCCCACUCCAGCUCCAGCUCCAGCUCCAGCUCCAGCUGGCUACCCUCCAACUUAUCACCCGCAGCCAGCGCCGGGCUAUCCAGCAUAUCCGCCUGCCGAGGCAUAUGCACCCCCUCCUGCCCAAUACAACGACCCAGCCAGACCACCUGCGCCGGUACCACAACCGGAUUAUAGCCACUAUGCCCAUGCAUACCCAGCUUACCAGGCUCCAGCAUAUGCUUACCCGCAGCCGUAUGGCUACCCACCUCCACCAGGCCCACCGGGUUAUCCUGCUCCCUACCCACCCCCGCCGGGUCCCCCACCUGACCGACCAAACGAAAGGAAAGACCGAGCACCGUCCCCGAAUCGCCGCGACGACAGGAAGCGUCCGCGCGAUGGCCGAGACGGUCGAGAUCGGAAUGAUCGACUCGACAAGAGACCCAAAGAGACGGCUCCAGAUCCUACCAAAAAGUUACUCCAACACGUGCAAGCGCACAAAGCUUGGAACGUGUUUUGGCUUGAGGCUAUGGAUCCACCACAGCGGCCAGCGAGCAAUCCCAACGUGACAGUACUCAUUUUGGCGACGGGUAGUGGCUCCAAAAGUCGCUCUUCUUUCGGCUUCUUAAUGGCAGCAUCUCGACAGCCACAGAAGCAGAAGGAUCGACAACGUGAGUGUGCACGUGAGCUGCUUGCUCAAGUCGAGCAGCUGCUUGCAAGCAAAAGCGAGGCCGACCUCAGGACAUGGUGCCAAGUGUCGGAAUCAGCGGAAGCAGAUAUCAACCAGGACGCAUCUUUGGACAAGCUCAAAGGCAUGAUCUCCAACAGAUUAGCCACUACUGGCAGCAAAGGAUCCCAGUCUGUGGACCUGGAGUUUAGCAAUCCCAGCAGCUGUGUGAUCACUUCCUACGCAGCCUACGAAGACGACAAUUCUGAGCCAGACCUGGCUGCCAUGGACUUUUUUGCACCUGAUUCUUCCGCCCAGCUCGCGGAAGCCCAAAAGCUUGGCGGACUCCUCAGGUUGCGAUGGUAUUUGGCCGUUGUGAAGGCCAUUCGGAAAGGAAAAGAUGACAAGAGGGGAGAGAAUUCACCAUAUCGGCCCUUGGCCCUUGGCGUUGGGUUUGCCACCGACGAGAGCGUGGCGAAGGCCCGUGCGCUGCGGGCGGCUGAGGUGCGCGCGGAAGUGCUCACCGAGGCGAUGUUUCUGAAGCCGAUCUCACAGGCAGUAGCAUUUGCGGGCAUGCAGACACUCGCCGAGCGCCGAACGGUGCUUGCAGCCUUGGCUGGAGGAGUAUCGCUGCUGGCGAUCCGCUGGCUUCGGAGUUCCAAAGUCGAGCGUUUCCGAGUGGUCCCCGGUCAUUGGUUGCUGGGCGUUCUCUCGCAACUUGGCCCGGGGGCGAAGUUCAUCACUCAGAAGAUCGAGGAGUGGUCGCUGAUGUAUGGUCAAGAAGGGGUCUUCGAGAUGAACCUUGCUGGGUCCCGUUCCGUCGUUGUGUGCUCUUGGGAGCAAGCACGUCACAUCCUAGCCCGCAGACCCUUUAAAGUAACGCGAGGUUCGAAGAUUCAAAACGCCUCAGACAUCUUUGCUUUCCUUUUCUCUUCGGAGGGGGAGCGCUGGAAGCGCGAGCGACGUGUGAUGGCCCCGCCGUUCAACGCCAAGAGUGUGGAAAGCCACAUUCCAGCCAUGGAGGAGGUCGUGCAGCAGCUUUUAACGGAGAUUGCCAAGGAUGCGCCCAAGGGAAAAGUGGACUUCUCGACGCUUCUGCCGUUGUACAGCGCAGAAGUGAUUUGCAAGACAGCUCUGGGCCAAGAGCUGCAACUGCUUGAGUCUCGCAACGCUGAGAUCACUUCUGAUAUCAAGCGGCUAUUUCAGGCUGUGCAGUUGCGGUAUUUCUCGCCGGUACCGUACUGGAAGAUUCCUGGAUUGGCUUGGCUUAUUGACAAUGGUGCAGAAAUAUCCAGACGCUUUGACCGGCGAUCUGAGGAGAUUCUGAAGAAUGCUAGUCGCAGCAGGAAAAGCAUUGCUCAGAAGUUGAUGGACAUGGAUGGCGACAGGUUUACUCACAAAGAGCUGCUUCACAACAUAACAGGCCUUUUCGUAGCAGGCACAGACACGACAAGCCUCACCACAUGCUGGGCCUUCUACCACCUUGCUCGAGAUCCGGAGUUUCAGACAAAAGUCGCAGAGGAAGUGCGGUCGCUUCCAGAUCAUGAGGUCUCCUCUGCGCAGCUGGACUCCUUUCCUUUGCUGCAGGCGCUGUGGUUGGAGACGCUUCGCUGUCACGGACCGCUGACUUUCAUGGAGCUGGAACCGGCAGAGCCUGUGACCCUUGUAGGUCGCAAGGUGCCGGUGGGAACCACGAUUCUACUCGCUUUGCGGAGUAUUUUGAGGAAUGAUCCAGAAGUCAAGAAGGAACUUGGUGACGACUUGCAUGACUUUCGUCCAUCGCGGUGGUUGGGGCCUGAGGGCCUGAACAGACAUGCACCCUUCGAUGCGCUCCCAUAUGGCUACGGACCCCGUAUUUGUGUGGGAAUGCGUCUUGCGGAUUAUGAGGCACGCCUCGCCAUUGCCAAGGUGGUUCAACGAUUCGUACUCGAGAAGUGGGAGAGGCCGCCACUGACCGAGACCAUGAGCACGGUAGGCAACCAGCCCGAAGAGCCAGUCUCCAUAAGCGUUCGGCUCAGAUCCUCCUGA